AUGACUAGCGCUCAAGGCCCCGGAACGACCAUGUGGUUGAAAAAAGCGGUCUCCGACCUCGGGGACAGGUGCGGAUUCGAUGAACCCGGAAUCGACGGCACACUGUAUGCUUUGCAACUAAAAAACAACAUUUACAAAUGCGACGAAGUCCCCACCGUCGGCGGUGGCAGUAACUUAGGGGAUAUCGUCAAUACCCCAGGAGCUGACAGCAACACUCGGUACGGCCUAGUCCGCAACGACGAGGACAAAUGGACGAUAUACCCAGCGUUCGGUGGCAAACUGUUUGACUUAGACGACGUCGAGACCACGGUUGUCACCCGAACACAGAAUGCAGAUAUUGAAGUGUUUCACUUUCUUGUUGGGCAAGGAGCCGGCAUGUCAAUCACAAAUUUUGCACAGGCGAACAUCCUUCAUUUGGCAUGUGAGGGGGGAAACAUUCAAAUUGUGAAGUUUAUACUCCAACAGAAUGUGACAGAUGUCAACAGCAGAACACAGGACGGGUCAACGCAAUGCAAAGGUGCAACUAUAAAGGAGGACCACCUUCAUGUUGCAUGUGAGGGCGGAAAUGUGGAUAUAGUGAAGUAUUUCCUAACACGAUAUAGUGAAGACAUCAACAAAGGAGGAGAAUUUGGAUGGACACCCGCAAUGUACGCAGCGCGUCAUGGGCAUAGAGAAGUGUUGCAUUUGCUUGAAAGUGAAGGAGCAGAUUUGACAAAAGAGAAUGAUGAUCAUGACAAUAUCUUCUAUUUCGCCAUCCUAUCAGAAGAUCCUGAAAUAGUGAAAUAUAUAGUCAAACAUAAUACUGUGGACAUCAAUAGAGAAAAUGACGAGGGCAUGACACCUGUCAUGAUAGCAGCAGAUAACGGAUUUAAAGAGGCGUUUCACUUGCUCGUAAGUAAAGGGGCUGAUCUAACAAGAGUAAAUGAAAAAAGGGAGAAUAUACUCCAUCAUGCUUGUCGUGGAAGAGGCAUGGAGAUAGUGGAAUAUAUUCUGACUCGGAAUAUGGUGGAGGAUAUUGACACAAGAACAGGGACUGGAAAGACUCCACUAAUGAUUGCAGCAUCAGAAGGCAACAAGGAAGUAUUUGAUUUACUUGUGAAGAAAGGAGCGAAUCUGACACUUCUGGAUGAGGAUGACAAGAAUAUUCUUCACUUUGCUUCGGAAGGAGGAAAUAUUGAGACAGUUCAAUUUAUUCUCUCACAGCACAUUCUGAGCAUAAACAGCAGAGGCGACAACGGACAGACGGCAGUAAUGACGGCGGCUAAAAAUGGACAUAGAGCAGUGUUUCACUUACUGAUGGAAAAUGGAGCAAACUCAUCAUUCAUUGAUACGAAUGGCAAGGACAUGCUAUAUUUGGCUUGUGAUGGUGGUAAUAUAAACAUCGCCAAAUACAUCAUGACAGUUAAUAAGGAGUUAGAUACGACAUUAAACAGAUAG